GCAUGAGCUCAGGUUUCUGAUGCUCGGUAGCAACAAACAUUUCUAAUGCUCGCAAGCGCCUGAAUUGUGAUCUAAAUAUCUUCCGUUUUUCAAGAGUAGCUUUACUUCAUAACACAGUAUAUUGUAGAAGAGUAGAACUAGAGCUAUAUCACACAGGAGUGCGCUUUUUCGGCAUAUUUGGACAUUUUUCCGUGCUAGCUAGCUAAGGUUAGCUUGUCGGCUAACGUGAACAUCAACAUGAAUAUUGACAACGUUAAUCAGUCUGUCACAACUGGAGUUUCUUCUACGACGUCUUCAACCUCAAGUAAUUGUGUCGCAAAUGAUAAUGCAACAACUAACGUCAGCAGCAUCCCUUCAGUGACGAGUAAUGCUUCAGCCUCAGCUGUCAUGGUAACACCAUCGGCAGACUCAUCUGUCUCCAACGGUGUCUAUGUUCCUGGUGGCAUCACCAAUGGAGAUGUAAAGCCUGCCCUUUCCACCACGCCCCUGGCAGAUUUCCUCAUGCAGCUGGAAGAGUACACUCCCACAAUUCCUGAUGCAGUUACAGGCUACUACCUCAACCGGGCCGGCUUUGAGGCUUCUGAUCCAAGAAUAAUCCGUCUGAUCUCCCUUGCUUCUCAGAAGUUUAUCUCAGACAUUGCCAAUGAUGCACUGCAGUACUGUAAAAUGAAGGGCACCGCCUCAGGAAGUUCCAGGAGUAAGACAAAGGAUAAGAAGUACACUCUGACUAUGGAGGACCUGACUCCUGCGCUCACAGAAUAUGGCAUCAAUGUCAAGAAACCCUAUUACUUUACAUAGAACUGUCUUCCUUUUACGGCUUUUUGCUUUUGCUAGUUUUAUCUCCCCGCUGACAAACUAGAGUUCAUCAACACCUUUAUUGCAAAAUGGCUUUUAUUUUCUCCUUUUUUUGAUUAUGGUGCUUUAGUACAGCUUUGACAAAUCUAUUAAGUCACUUUGCCAUUUGUUAUGUUUUUGUGGAGCCACCUUUACAUUGUGUUAAAUUGUAAGAUUACGUUUUAUUGUGAAAAUAAAACCCUUACCAUAACU